AUGGAGUUUCACUAUCAACAGUUUCGGGAAGAAUUUCUUUACACUGGACCCGUUACAUUUAAUUAUUACAGUUUGAUACCAAACUCUAGUUUAAUCUACUGUACAGCAACUUGUUCAUCUCUCUACAACUGGGAUCAGAUAUAUUAUCAAGGAGAAGAUUGUUAUUGUUUAGCACCAGUUUAUAUGGAAGCUAGCCAGGUUUCUGGAACGGUAACGACCAACUCGUCAAUUAGGAUACGAUAUCACGACGUUUCUUUCUGUUCUGAGAAUAAAUACACAACGUUUCUAAACCAGCGAUAUUGUUUAAAAUUAUUUCGAAAUAAACAAAAUUUUAUUAACGCUGAAUCAACCUGUCAACAAGAUGGUGGUCAUAUUAUUUCCGUUUAUACUCUACAAGAUUUUAAUAAUUUUAAAUCUCUAAAUACGAAUAAUGUAUCUGUCUAUGUUGGUGGACACAGAUCACAUGGUAAAGAAUUUGUCUGGAUAACUGGUGGAACUGUUGAUGAGUCGUUCUGGAAAUCUAAUGAACCUGAUGAUAAUGGAGGGAGUGAAAACUGUAUAGAAGUUCAGUCUAAUGGUCCAUUUAACGAUAUGCGUUGUAAUAUUGCCUAUGCUUUUAUUUGUCAAAUAUUGAUAAAAUGA